CUGGACGCACCUUCCACCCAACCCGAGCGCAAAAAAAGGAUAUCAUAAAGGGCCUUACUUACAAAGACACUUUUGGGGGCUUGGUGCGUAAAGCUUUUACGCACGGAGACUGGAGCCAAAGAAACAGCUAGGAGGCGUCGCGUCGAGCAUCAAGGAGGAGAGGACAGGAGAAGGAGAGGAAAGGAGAGGAGGGGGGCAGGAUGCAGAAGCGGAGCGACGACGUCUGAAGGUGAAAUGAACCUGAGGAGAAGCACACUGAGGAAGAAGUGGAGAUAGCAACUAAAAAAAUAAAUAAACCGUCGGUGUCUUAAUCAGAAGCUUUCCCCACCUCACCCACCCACUCUCUUGUCUUGUGGAUGCAACGAAGCGGACGCCGCCACCCAAAGUAGCCUCCUUUUUUUUUUAUAUUGGAUAAGAAGAGGAGGAAAUAAGCGCAAAUAUGGCGACGUUAAUCCGGAGCAAACUGUCCAAUAAACUCUCCAACGCGGCAACAACCGUCACCAACAAAUCCCAGGCCAAAGUCAGCGGCAUGUUCGCCAGGAUGGGCUUCCAGGCCGCCACCGACGAGGAGGCGCUGGGCUUCGUCGCCUGCGACGACUUGGACUACGACCACCGGCAGGGCAUGCAGAUGGACAUCCUAGCCGCCGACGACAAGGCGGCAGCGGUGGAAGGAGAAGGAGGGGAAGGUGGGGACGGUACCCUCGAUGGGGACAGCCACUACCAGAGGGACGGCACCGGUCCGUCGCGCUCGUCCUCCAAGGACGGGGGUUCGAACGAACUGUCCGAGGCCAGACCCAAGAUCACGGCUUGGGAGGCGGGAUGGAACGUCACCAAUGCUAUCCAGGGGAUGUUCGUCUUGGGUCUGCCCUACGCCAUCUUGCACGGGGGCUACCUGGGCCUCUUCCUGAUCAUUUUCGCCGCGGUGGUGUGCUGUUACACGGGCAAGAUCCUGAUCUCGUGCCUGUACGAGGAGGACGAGGACGGUCGUCUGGUGCGUGUGCGCGACUCCUACGUGGACAUUGCCAACGCUUGCUGCGCGCCGCGCUUUCCGGCAUUGGGCGGCCACGUGGUCAACGUGGCGCAGAUCAUCGAGCUGGUGAUGACGUGCAUCCUGUACGUGGUGGUGAGCGGCAACCUGAUGUACAACAGCUUCCCCAACAUGCCCAUCUCGCAGAAGUCGUGGGCCAUCAUCGCCACAGCGGCGCUGCUGCCGUGCGCCUUCCUCAAGAACCUGAAGGCUGUGUCCAAGUUCAGCCUGCUGUGCACAAUGGCGCAUUUCGUCAUCAACGUGCUGGUGAUCGCCUACUGCCUGUCGCGGGCGCGGCUGUGGGCGUGGGACAAGGUCAAGUUCUACAUUGACGUCAAGAAGUUCCCCAUCUCCAUCGGCAUCAUUGUGUUCAGCUACACGUCACAGAUCUUCCUACCAUCUCUGGAGGGCAACAUGCAGAAGCCUAGCGAGUUCCACUGCAUGAUGAACUGGACGCACAUCGCCGCCUGCAUCCUCAAGGGUCUCUUCGCCCUGGUGGCCUACCUGACGUGGGCCGACACCACCAAGGAGGUGAUCACGGACAACCUGCCGCAAGGCAUCCGCGCCGUGGUCAACAUCUUCCUGGUGGCCAAGGCGCUUCUCUCUUACCCGUUGCCCUUCUUUGCCGCCGUGGAGGUGUUGGAGAAGAGCUUCUUCCAGGAGGGCGGCCGAGCCUUCUUCCCUGACUGCUACGGGGGCGACGGACGCCUCAAAUCGUGGGGCCUGAGCCUACGCUGCGGCCUGGUGGUCUUCACGCUGCUCAUGGCCAUCUACGUGCCGCACUUCGCGCUGCUCAUGGGCCUGACAGGGAGCCUGACCGGCGCGGGGCUCUGCUUCCUGUUGCCCAGCCUCUUCCACCUCAAAUUGCUCUGGAGGAAGCUGCAGUGGCACCAGGUCUUCUUCGACGUGUCCAUCUUCGUCAUUGGUGGUAUAUGCAGCAUCUCCGGCUUCAUCCACUCCAUGGAAGGGCUUGUGGAGGCCUUCAAGUACAACAUAGAGGAGUAGACUGCGCACCCUUUGGCCCGCCUCUUUCUCCUCCUCUUGCUUCAGUUCAUGCGUAAAAGCGCACAAUCGCACCCAUUCAGUCUUGCGCAUCACGCCGCUAUAUACCCUCCUGUCACGAGGCCUUCCAUUAAUAUGGCAAAGUAUCAGACAACACAAUAGUCAGAUGCAAGUGUAUCUAAUAAAUUGGCUGUGUAAAUCCAAGAAGAAAAAAUAGUUUUCUCCGUACUAUGUUUGAUUGAUUCCAAUGUUCAUUUAUUUAAAGCAAGAUGCUCUGUCUGGGCCGCCGCCUUUUUCUCACUUCAGUUCUUGCGUUUUGCCUUAAAACAAAUCAGAGGCGUAGCCAGGAAUUUUUCCAGUAGGGACGCACGCCCACAGGAAAAAAAAUCGAACAUCACCCACGCCGUUCGCUGAUCGCUAAAACAACAUCCGGGUCCGGGAGGCAAACGGUGAAUGGAUAACAUUGCGCACAUAGAAUAGCGCGAAUGUGCUUGCGCUAUUCUAUGUCCAUUUGAGGCAAGGUAAAUUCAUGCGUAAAAGGCGCACGCUCCAAACCAUAAUGUCUUGCGCGCAACGCAGCUAUGGCCCUCUCGUAAUGCACGAGGCCUUGCGAAAAUAAAUCCAGUAUGCAUUCGUCUGAUGUGUGCCUAAUUGGCAUUGUACGUCUAUGAAAACGAACAAUACUCUUCUUCCCCUCAAUCUGCUUGAUUGACACCCGUAUUAAAAUGCUAAUUUCUUUAAGGCCCGAUGCAAUAAGGGUUAUCAUCCACAGACAAAAAUGUCCAAACACGACGGCAAUAACCAGCAGUAGAAACAUUAAACAGCUCUGGAAAUCAAAUAGAAGACCACUGCAAAAGAAACCAAAAAACUUAAUCCUAUUUUCCCCAUUUACAGCGAGUACAAAAAAGAUUUUCUUUUGUUUAAAGACUCCCAGAUUUCAAAGCUAAACGUCAUCAUUUGGAGCAUUUUUAAAAAUGGUCAGAAUAUCAGAUUUAUUUAUUUAUUAUAGUUUUAGCCUAUAAUAAAUAAAAAUACGGAAGGAGAUUGGACCUAACAAGCAGCUAUUCAAACUAUGCAUUGAAUGUAUACGCACACACACACGCACGCACGCUCGCACGCACGCACAUCCACACAAGAAAUACAACUUGGAAGGGGAUAUUUAAAUUUUAAUAAUGAUAAUAAAGUAGUUCAUUGGAUAAACUAGCACAUUUUAAAUAUACCUUUGAUUGUCAGCUCCGAAAUCAGCUCCGAAAUCUAAAGCCUCUCCCGCUGCACAUACAAAAAAAAAAGAAAUGCUGUUUGUCAUCACAUUCCAAACACGUGGCCUGUUAUCAUAUGAAAUGAUGAAUUCGGUGUAUGGCAAUCCUAACUUAAAAAAAGAAAGAGAGAAGGAAAGCAAAAUGUGCAUACGGACAUUUUUCAUUCUGUGCAAUCAAAUGGGGUCCUGUGGAAAUGUUAUUUAAAAAAAAAAAGAGAGAAAAAAACAACAAGCGUACGUGUAGUGUUUAUUAUUCUUAUUGUGGUUUCAAAACAGAUGGAAUGUAUAUCAAAGUCGUUAUCAUAUAUCGUGGAAAUUAAUAUUAAAGAACAACAGAUCAAAAGAAGUGAAAUUAUUGUAAAGAAUAAUGUGUGGUCUCAUGUAACGCUAAA